AUAAAACGUCAACAACACGGACGGGGCAUCAAAAUCAAUUUUUCACAAGGAAUUUUCACAUCGGGUGUAAGAAGUGUUUUUCAAGUGAAAACCGUGAAAAAUAUUCGUUUAUUGGUGGCAGUUUGUGCCUAUCAGUGUCCAAUUUAGUGCAUCAUUAUGGGUCGCUCACGUUCUCGCAGUCGAACGCCGAAGAAGCACAAGAGCAAGCACCGAAAACGGAGCAAAUCCAGAUCGUCCUCCCACAGCAAGCACGACACCCAUCGCAGCUAUGAUAAAUACAAGGAACGCAGUUCUAAAUCAAGGAAGCGCUCGUUGUCCGAAUCAUCCGACAGCAGCAGCGAUGGGCACCAUUCACACCACAGGAAAAAGAGCUCCAAGAAUCGCAAGCUCACAACCGAGGUUGAGCGACUGGCCGAGAUGGAAAGACAGCGAAGGCAGAAGGAGGCGGAACAGAAGAUGAUCGAAGAGGAGGCCGCCAAACGGAUUGAGCUAUUGGUGAAAAAGCGGGUCGAGGAAGAACUCGAGAAGCGAAAGGAUGAGAUUGAAACGGAAGUGCAGCGCCGGGUGGAAGCUGCCAAGAAACAGAUGGAACAGGAGAUGAUGCUGGAGCUGGAAAAACGUCGCGAGCAAGCCCGCGAAGAAGAACGCCGCCGAGAGGAGGAAGAGCUAAAAAAGCGUCAAGAGCUCGAAAAUAUUAUCGCCGAAAACAAUCGGAAGAUCGAAGAGGCCCAACGCAAAUUGGCCGAAGACCGACUGGCGAUAAUAGAAGAGCAAAGAAAAAUGGACGAAGAACGUCAGAAAAUGCGCAAAGAGCAGGAGAGGCGCGUUAAAGAAGAGCAAAAGAUGAUACUGGGCAAGAACAAUUCACGGCCCAAGCUCUCCUUCUCGCUGAAACCGUAGUCGUUACACUGCGAGUGAGUGUGUUUUAUGACAAGUGUUGAACCGCUGGAAAGCAAAACCUAUGCCACGUGUCUUUAGCUCGGAUACUUCUUGUGCGUAUGUACCUACGGUGAUGGUGAGAUUACUUGCUAGAAAUUUAUUUCUCUGCUCCCUGUUGGUGGGUUCUAGUUGUUUUUAAGGUUACCGUAAAUUUUGGUAAAGUUAUCAAUUUUCAACGGACGAAUCAUGACGUCAUUUUAAUAGGCAAAUCAAAUUCAAUUUUGAGAUACUGAAAAUAUACAAAGAAGAUCUACUUUUUGCAUGAAACAUCUGAAAAAUAUGUAUCUUCACGAUACCUUCCACUCCUUUUAAGCGUUACGUACUUUACAAACGUUCCCCGAUUGAUUUGCAAUAAUGAAACUAUUUAUGUUUUAUUAUGUAGUAUAAUAUUCUUAAUCCAUAACUCCCAAUAUAGCCCAAUUUGUUCUAUUUGGAAAUUUUACGUAUUUGAUUUGAGUAGACAUUGGAAAUUUUCUUUCACAUUUUAAAAAGGUAUUUUGGUAUUUUUAUAUCGAUUGCGAAUGAAUUUAUUCGUGGAAUGAUCAAGGAGUGAAUCCUUGAUAACCUUUUUUUUUGUUACCAAUGACGUGUAUUUACCAAAAAUGUGUUUCAUCAUCUCUAGACCAACAUUUGAAAAGGGCGUAACAGCCAAAAUUUAUUCCUUCUGAUUCUUUGUCUACAUAUAUAGUUAUAAAUGUAGACGAGGAAUCAGUAGGAAUAAAUUUUGGCUGUUACGCCCUUUUCAAAUGUUGGUCUAGAUCUGAUCAGUUUUACCUAAAUUUACGGAUCCAUUAACAGAAUGAAACCGCAUCGAAGGCAUAAUUAACAUACUGUUUAAAGUCACGUAUCGUGAUCCGUUGUACGAAUUGUCGAUUGCUGGGAUGUUGUUCCCUCAAUGAUCUUCCUAAAUAUGGUAGAGUUAUUUUCUAUUUGCUGUAAAUUCUGUUGUGAUAGCGCUUUUGUUGAAGAUGAUGACACCUUUCACGGACUGAAAUUUCCAAAAGACUUCCUAGGUACGACCAUUCAUUGAUAUGUUCAUCUCCAACGACAGCGAAUCGCAUUUAUAAAUAAAAAUGUAGAUAUUCUUUUAAGCAAUUUAGUAUAGAAUAUAACUUGACUUAAAACGAUUCCAUUUAUUACUACUGAUGGAAUGAUAUAACAAAAAAAAAACUUGAAAAAAUUGUAAACACUUCCUUGAAAUUAUUGUUUUUGUGAAGGGAAAGUUGUAAAUUACCAGUUGCUAACUAGCUAUUAUUUAUUGUAUGUAUUUGACGGAAACAAAUCACCAAUAGACAAAUGAUAAAUCACCAUAGUAAAACAGUUUACUACAAAAAAUAAAAGUAAAAAAUCGACUACCACCUCUGCAUUUGUAAACAAGAGGAAGCAGUAUUGAGAAAUAGAAAAUCCCCUGAGCUAAUUAUAUCUUCAAAACAGAAUAAAUUGGAAGUCAAGUGAACCUUCACUACUAAGCAAAUAGAAAGAAAUAAAAACGUCAACAAACAUCGACCGCAAAAGUUUUGCAAAUUUUUCGAAACACUAAAUAAAGAAGAAAUAGUUUGUAAUUGCUACAACUCACACAA